AUGCUUUGUCAACAAAAUGGAUCCCUCAACAACUAUGGGGCUGCAGAGUGCCAAAUUGGCAGAGCUUUGGCUACUGUUGGAUCUGACUGUGAACUGGAUGUGGACUGCAUGUCACUGUCCCAUGCCCACUGCCACGAGGGUUCCUGUUGGUGUGACGUUGGACAUCGCCUUGACGGAAACACGUGUCGCAAUCACAUAGGGCUAUGUGCAUCCACACCUGGCUACACAUGGGAUGUUGGCACUGACAUGUGCUACAGGAUUGUAACAAACGUACCAAAGAACUGGGCUGAUGCUGAGGGAAGCUGCUCCAUCAACCAGGGACAUCUAAUCAAACUGGACACCGCCAGCAAAAAUGACAAACUGAGAGCUCUUCUGAAUGACAAAUCCUUAAAUGCAUUUUGGAUAGGAGCCCGAGUUAUGCCUGAUGCCGAGACAUGGCGUUGGCAUGACAACACCGCCAUCAUGCCGAUGCAGUGGGGAACCGGAGAGCCCAGUGGAGAUGGGAAGUGCAUGGACCUUUUGAGGAACCAGGCAUACAAGUGGAAUGAUGAAGACUGCAGAAGAAAGCAAAAUUACAUUUGUGAAAUUCCACUGAACUGA